CCGUAACAUAGGUUCUACAUCGCCACGAAGUUCUGCCAGAACAGUAUUCAGGACAUAAAAGCAAGCCGUCUUCCUACCGUCCUCGUCGAAUUUAUUUGAUCCCAUAUCAUAUCCUUAGAAACAAUGCGUUUCUCCUUCGUCCUCGCCGUCGUCGCUGCUUUGACAGCGUCAAUAUUUGCCGUCUUUCUUCAUAUUUUUCUUGUCUGCUACAUAGAAUACAGUCCUAAAUAUUUGCGUCCUUCGUACGUACUAAUCAAUCGCUUCCUCAGUCACGUUCGUUGUCUCUCCUUGCUCGUCAUUUUGGUAUACUCGGUCCACUUCUCUCGAAACUCUUUGCUUGUGGUGUCGAGGCCCAUGGAGGAGAACGCGGUCCAGAACGCCAGUCCCAGUGCAUAUUUGCAGCAAAGGGGCGCCGCAAUCGCGGGCGCUGCAAAGUUACUACUAGUACUAGAUCAUCGUGUUCGACGUCGGCGGGCGCGUCACAAGGAACUGG